UCUUUUUUCUUGAUCGCCGUCCCAAUUAUUCCGGUAAAGUUGCAGCGAUGAGUGAAUAGCCCAUGCAAAGCAGUAGCAGUGGAAAAUCUCGUAAAAACACAGCCGCUAAAAGCGGAGCUUCGUUCGCACAUUUCAAUGGUGAGGAUUAGAGGCAAAUUGUCUUCUUUGAACGAAGGAAAGUCAUACCUCUUUCAAUGUCUUUCUUUGAUUCCCCUUUUCAUUUUAUUACAAUUUUCUAGAAUUUACUGCCAUUUUCAAAGAGAAAUUCGAGCGAGAAAGGUAUCUGGAGAAAGCAAUUCAAAAACCUGGGAUUUUGUUUGGUUUUGGGGAGUGAGAAUCGGAGAUCAAAAAGCGAAUUGGAUUUCAAUUAGGUAUAUCCCUGGAGGGUUUGGGGGAUGCAGAGAAACAUAUGAAAAGGAGAACGAGGAGGAGAGAUGUGGGGCUCGUCGCCAAUAACAACGAACCCUCAGCCGGGGAAAGAUAAGAAGUUGAUAGCCGUUGCCAUUGACAAAGACAGAGGAAGCCAAAUGGCUCUGAAAUGGUCAAUUGAGAAUAUCGUUGCUAAAGGAAAUGCCAUACUUUUACUCAAUGUCAAACUCACCCAAAAGCCGAACCAGAAUUAUGAUAUUUGUGAUGAGAAUGGAUUUCCAGUUAAAGAAUUGGAUCCCCAGUCGAAAGAACUCUUUCUUCCUUUCCGUGUCUAUUGUACACGCAAAGAUGUACAAUGUCAUGAAAUCUUGGUAGAGGAUGUAGACCCUAUUAAAGGAAUUAUUGAUUAUGUAAAUCGAGUAGGGAUAGAGAUACUAAUUCUUGGUGCUGCUGCCAAAGGUGGUCUUCUCAGAUUUAAGAUGAAAGAUAUUCCUGGAAGUGUGUUAAAAGGGGUACCUGAUUUCUGUACGGUAUAUGUUAUUUCAAAAACUGGGAAGAUAUCAUCUACACGAUCUGCUUCUCGUCCAGUGUCAUUCAUUCAUCCGCUACGCCAACACCUGAUGCGACAACAUAGUGCAAAAUCAACUGUCAGUGAGAGGCUGCUUUCAUCUGCAGGCAAUUCAAAGACUGCUGAACUUUCUGGGAAUUCAAGGUUGUUGUCUGAACCAUCUAAUGCCAGUUUACAAAAUGACAUAAAGUCUCCAUUCACUCACAGGAGAGGACCAAAUGGCAUACCAUAUGAAAUCUCGAAACCAGAUACUGACAUAUCUUUUGUCAGUUCUGGUAGGUCAAGUGUUGACAGCAUUUUCCCUUCAUACACUGACAGCUUUGAAGAUGGACCAAUCCCUAAUCGGCUCUCAGGCUUCUCAGACUUUGACACCAAUAGUUUUGAUUCUAUGAACUUUGGUCGGAGAUCAUUGGACAACAUGACAUCUUCUGAGUACUCAUUUGCUUCAAUGGACAGUGAUAGAAUGUCUGUAUCAGGAAUGGAUGAUGUGGAAGCGGAAAUGAGAAGGCUAAAGCAGGAGCUUAAGCAAACAAUGGAAAUGUACAGUACAGCCUGUAAGGAAGCACUCACUGCAAGACAGAAGGCACGUGAAAGACCAAUUUCGUUAGAGCUAAUGCAAUUCUAUGCAUGGCCUUACGUUUUCUUUUUGCAGGCAAUGGAGCUGCAACGCUGGAAAUUGGAAGAACAGAAAAGGUUGGAUGACGCACUUUUAGCUGAGGAAGCAGCAGUGGCAAUCGCGGAAAGAGAGAAGGCCAAAUCUAAGGCUGCGCUUGAACAUGCAGAAGCAGCUCAGAGGAUGGCUGAAUUUGAAGCUCAGAAGAGAAUCAGUGCAGAAAUUAAAGCUAUGAAAGAAGCAGAGGAGACGGAUAAGAUGAUUAACCAAUUUUCGCAAACAGAUUACAGGUACAGGAGGUACACAAUCGAGGAGAUUGAAGUUGCAACAGAAUAUUUUUCAAAAUCUCUGAAAAUUGGAGAAGGUGGCUACGGGCCGGUAUACAAAUGUUGUAUGGACCACACGGCUGUUGCAGUUAAGGUCCUUCGUCCUGAUGCAGCUCACGGAAGACAACAGUUUCAGCAAGAGGUUGAAGUGUUAAGCUGCAUAAGGCAUCCUCAUAUGGUGCUUCUUCUAGGAGCAUGUCCCGAGUAUGGUUGCUUAGUAUAUGAGCAUAUGUCGAAUGGAAGCUUAGAAGACUGCCUAUUUGAGACUGGUAAAACUCCACCACUUUCUUGGCAACACAGGUUUCGAAUUGCUGCUGAAAUUUGCUCCGGCCUUCUUUUUCUACACCAGACCAAACCGGAACCAAUAGUGCACCGUGAUCUAAAGCCAGGCAAUAUCCUGCUAGAUCGCAAUUUUGUGAGUAAGAUAAGUGAUGUUGGGUUGGCUAGGCUAGUGCCUCCAUCAGUGGCUGACUCCGUCACUCAGUAUCGAAUGACAUCAACUGCUGGAACGUUCUGCUACAUUGAUCCCGAAUAUCAGCAAACAGGAAUGCUUGGUGUGAAAUCCGAUGUGUAUUCCCUAGGGAUCAUAUAUUUGCAGAUUCUAACAGCUAAAUCACCAAUGGGUUUGACUCACGUUGUUGAAAGGGCAAUCGAGGCAGGCACCUUCGCUGAGAUACUUGAUCCUGCUGUGCGUGACUGGCCAGUUGAAGAUGCCCUGAGUCUCGCCAAUUUAUCAUUACAAUGCGCUGAGCUGAGAAGGAAAGACAGACCGGAUCUGGGCAGCGUAGUCAUGCCAGAACUAGAGAGAUUGAGAACACUCGCAGAAGAAAACAUACAACCUUUCUUUUAUUAUCCCGGCCACUCACCAAACUAUAGCCAAGUUUCCGUGUCUCAAGAAAAUAUGAGUUUCCCUACUGGCCAUUCUGGUUAUGAAAGCAGCAGGAGUACACCAGGCUUGUAGUUCCCUAUUUCAUUUCAUUGCCAUUAAGUUCAUCUGUACCCUAUAUGUUUUCUUUAGGCAUUCAUAUUUUCCAUCUGUACAUACACCUGAGAUGCUUAGGUUCUAAAUGUAAAUAUAUAUUUAUAAUUUAUAAUGCCUGUAAACCCCCUGUUCUUCCUUGCGCAUAUUCGAGUUAAA